AUGACGAGCGAACUACAGCACUGCGUUAAUCUCCGCAAUCAUUUUGCUAAUCCGAUGCGUCGAAGCGUCGUCGAAAAGUAUUACGACUGUCUCCAGUGUGCCGAGCAAUGUCGUCACACCGUUACCAAUAAUAAUAACAAUAUUAAUAAUAAUAGUAAUAUUAAUAAUAAUAAUAGUAGUAACAAUAAUAAUAAAAAUAAUGCCAAGAGUAGUAACAAUAAUAAUAAUAAUAGUAAUAGUAAUAACAGUAGUAAUAACAAAGGUAACAAUACAAAGAGUAUGAUCAAUGGUAACAACAAGGAACGUCUAGGUUCGAAGCUAGAUACCUGUUCUAUCAAGAGCAAGGAUUCUAACAGAAUGUUAACGCCUUACAAUGACUCGACGAGACGUUACAAUGCUCGUAGCAACGACCAACUGAUGAAAUAUCUGUCAAAGAAUCAUCAGAUUCACUUGACACCAGCUAGGAAAAGAUCGUCUCUCGCUCGGCCGGUUCGCGUUCACGAUUCUUUCGUUCAACCAAAGAAACUUAUCGCCAGUGGUUACACCGUCCAACAUAAUCCUCAAUAUCAACAGUUUUAUCAGAAACAGGAACUACAAAAUCAGCAACAACAACAACAACAACAACAACAACGGCAACAACAACAACAACAGCAGCAACAACGACAUCAUCAAGAACUUGUUCAGCAGCGUCAAGGCACGUCUAAUGUAUCCGAUUACGCAUUCGAAGAUGAGGAACACGUCGAGGAGGAGAUAACAUGGCCGAUUCGAUUUAGACUCGAACAAAUGCUCGAACUUACCCUACCUCAGGCGAAGAAACGUAAAAAGAAGAAGAAAAAGAAAACUACUACGAUGAUGCUACUGAAGCAGGAACAAAAUAGCAGACACGGUUUCAAGGACACCGAGAGAUUACUCAAGGUGCUCAGCAUUAACAACGUGGACCAAGAUAAUAGGUACAACGUUAAACGGUGUUCCAUCAUGUAAAAAACAUUUUGUGGAACAUACCGUUCUUUAUUUAUUAUCGUUAUCAUUAUACAGAUAUAUAUAUAUAUAUAUAUAUAUAUAUAUAUAUAUAUAUAUAUAUAUAUCUGUAUGAUUAUAUCAUAUAUCGCAUCUUGAUCGAAAUUCGACGAAUCUUUAUGAUCCUUUUCACAGCAUCAUGUACCUUAAUAAUUUUUUUUUUUUUUUCUUAUCGAUCACAUUCUCACAGAGAACAUUGAGAUUUCGUUGUUGUAAUUAUCUUCGAAGCUGAUUCGUUAACUCAUCGGCCUAGAAAUACGCCAUUACAUACAUACAUACAUACAUACAUACAUACAUACACACAUAUAGACAUACGUUGAUAUGUAGUAUCGCGGAUUACAUAUACAUAUACCCUUGCCUAUUUAUACUUUCGUGUUUUAUUUUAAUGAAUAUCGAGGCAUUUUGUUCUAACGUUCCGUAAAACUCUCGAUAAAAAUAUAAAAAUGUGAAAAUUAGAUCACAUUAAUAUACGAGCAUUUAUGUAAUUUUUCCUUUUCUUCUCUAUUCGAUAAUUAUUUCUUAUAUAUACAUAUAUAUAUAUAUAUAUCUGAGAUCAUAGCUUUAUUUUAGUUUUUCAUUUCCUCAAACUUGAUAAGAUUAUUCGCAUCGAGAGAAAAAGAGAAAUCCAUAAUUCUCUAAUCGUCGUUGUUUAAUGGAUGCUUUCAUCGUAACCUCGCCGAAUAUAAUAUUCUGAUCCUGUUAUAGAAAUCUAACUCUUUCUCUUUACUUUCUCUUUCUUACUCUCUCUUUUUCUAUUUUAUUCUCAAAUCCUUUAAUCUUAACAAGGAGAAAUAAAAAAAAAAAAGAAAAAAAUGAGAGAGAGAGAGAAAGAGAGAGAAAGAGAAAGAAAAUAAGAAUUCUAUUAGAUUUAAGAAAGAUAUGAGAUGAUCUAUCGUUUUAUCGUAAGUUUUAGCGAUAUUCAUAUGAGAUAUAUGUAUAUAUAUAUAUACAUAUAUACAUAUAUAGACAUAUAUACACAUCUAUAUAUACAGUGUAGGCCAAAAGUUCUUAAACGAUAUAAAAAAUCUAUUAGAUCUUUUCCAAAAUCUUUUAAACUAAUUUUUCGUUCAGAUUGUAAAACUAAGAACUCUUUUGGUUCACCCUGUAUAUAUACCAUAUAGAUAUAUAAUAUACACAUAAACAUAGGAAACACGCAAAAAUCAUAUACAUAGUCAAAAACAUAUACAUAAAUACAUAUAUACAUGUGAUAUAUGUAUAUAUAUAUAAAAUGUAUAUAUAUAUAUGUAUAUCUAAGAGUGUCCUUCCCACAUUAAAGCUCUGUAUCGAAUUAUUGCACCGUUCAACAGAAAUAUUGCAACGUAGAUCGGAUCAAUUGCAUAUGAUAGUUGUUAAAUAAAAUAUUUAUUCGCAAAAAGUGUUCGAAUAAAUGUUCAAGAAAUUUUUGUGCAUGAAUUUUAUAUUUUUUCGUUGUUAACUAAUUGAUUGCAAUCAUUUUGUGUCACAUGACCUAUCAAAAGCAAAUUUUUCGAUUAAUGUUGCAUAAAGAAGAAAAAAAGAAUAAACAAAAACAACACGUUAACGGUGCUAAAUACCUGUAUCAUAGAGAA